AUCAGAUAGAGAGAGAGAGAGAGAGAGAGAGAGCUAGAGAUGAACGGAGAAUUGCAGGAGCAGCGAUGAGGAGAUGAUCGGAGAAUUGCAGGAGCAGCGAUGAAAGGCGUCUCUUCGGCGCCUGGCGAUUACAUCCACUUCAAGUCCCAGGUUCCCCUCCACAAGAUCUCCAUUGGAUCAAAACAAUGGAGAUAUUAUGAUUUUGGUCCUAAGGCAGUACCUCCUCUUAUCUGCCUCCCAGGGAUAGCUGGGACGGCUGAUGUAUACUACAAACAAAUCAUGUCCUUGUCCAUGAAGGGUUAUCGGGUGAUUUCUGUUGAUAUACCACGUGUUUGGAAUCAUGUAGACUGGAUUCAAGCAUUUGAAAAGUUUUUGGACGCAAUCGAUGUUCAUCAUGUACAUCUUUAUGGCACAUCCCUAGGAGGCUUCCUAGCACAACUUUUUGCUCAACACCGUCCAAGGCGCGUGAAAUCAUUGGUACUCUCAAAUUCAUUCUUGGAGACACGCAAUUUUAAAGCUGCGAUGCCAUGGUCCCCCAUUGUUAGUUGGACCCCUUCCUUUCUGUUGAAACGAUACAUCUUAACAGGGAUUCGCGAUGGUCCACAUGAGCCAUUCAUUGCAGAUUCUGUAGACUUUGUUGUUUGCCAGGUGGAGACGCUAUCAAGAGAUGACCUAGCUUCAAGGUUAUCUUUAAAUGUGGAUGCCGCUUCAGUUGGAUCUAUCUUGCUAUCAGAUUCAUUUAUCACUAUAAUGGAUACAAAUGAUUACUGUGCUAUCCCACAGCAACUAAAAGAUCAGCUAAGUGAAAGAUAUCCUGGUGCAAGGAGAGCCUACCUGAAGACUGGUGGGGAUUUUCCAUUUCUUUCGCGGCCGGAUGAGGUCAAUUUGCACCUUCAGCUGCAUUUGAGACGGGUAGGAGUCGAAGCUCGACCGGACCUAGUUCCAGGCCCUCCAAGGGAUGGUAGCGCUGGGAGUCCUAGCAAUGACAAAGAUGGAGGAGAAGACAUUGAUGGCCCUCCAAAGGAUGGCAGUGGCCCUUCCACCAACUCUGAAGAAGAUCAUUCAACCCCAGCUCCUGACCCAGCUCCAGACACUGAGUCUCAUAAUUUGGAUGAGCUAGUCUUGAAGAGUGUGAAAACAUGCUCUGUAGAUUGUGGGUCCUUGACAUUUCCACUUCUAUUGGGCCACACGGUCUUGGAGAAUAAACAUAUCUUUGUAGCAAUUGAAUCCAUCGUCCUCCAUGCCUGGGCAUUAUCUAUCCUCUCACUGCUGCCCUUCAAUGUGGAUCGGUGUUGUACACUACUUGGAAGCCCUUGUUAAUAGCUUAAGACUAUUUCUGUGAUAUGGAAUUUCAUGUGUUCGUUAGAAACAUUUGAAAUGUGUUAUUUCCAGCUGGUAGAAGUGUCGUUGAACAAUGAUUUUCUUUCUUACAAAGCAAUUGCUGUUUAUUGAUUUUUAA